AUGUUAAUCUUUUUCUACAUACUCCUAUUUUUGCAUUGCUUUCAUACAAGGGUGGAUAAUACAGUUUGUCGUAUGACUGGAGACUCUAAAUAUCCUCUGCUGUCUAAGGAUGGAGACUUUACUAUUGGAACACUUUUUGCAAUUCACAGUAAAGAAACAUUACCAUCAUUUGAGUUUAGACAAAAACCUCAACAUCUGUUUUGUUCCAGUGUAAAUCUGAGAGAUUUUCGGAUGGCUCAAAUCAUGAUCUUUGCCAUUGAGGAGAUUAACAGAAGUAACAGUUUGCUACCGAAUGUUUCUAUUGGCUACAAAAUCUAUGAUACUUGUGGAUCAAGACUCUCUUCUAUGAGUGCAACUAUGGCCUUAAUGAAUGGUCAUGAUAUUGCAGCAUAUGAAAUGUGCAAUCAACAGUCUCCUAUACAUGCUAUCAUAGGAGAAACAGAGUCUUCUGCCACAGUGAUUCUGUCCAGAACUACAGGACCUUUUAAAAUUCCAGUGAUAAGUCCAUCAGCCACAUGUGAAUGUCUUAAUAGGAAACAAUACCCAACAUUUUUCAGGACAAUUGCUAGUGAUUACCAUCAAAGCAGAGCACUUGCACAAAUAGUCAAGCACUUUGGCUGGUCUUGGGUUGGAGCUGUGAACAGUGACAAUGACUAUGGAAACAAUGGAAUGGCCAUAUUUUUGAAAGCAGCCCAGGAGGAGGGGAUUUGUGUGGAGUACUCUGUGAAAUUUUACAGGACAGAGAUGGAAAAACUUCAAAAAGUUGUAGACAUAAUAAAAAAAGGCACUGCAAAAGUAAUUGUUGUGUUUCUUUCCCAUGUUGAGAUGGGCAAUCUUCUUGAUGUACUAAAUAUUGAGAACAUUAAAGACAUACAAAUGAUAGGAGUGGAGGCUUGGAUAACUGCAAAAAGUUUGAUGUCUCAAAACAAUUUUCAUGUUCUGCGAGGAUCACUAGGGUUUGCAGUUAGAAAAAUCUAUAUUGAAGGGUUUGCAGAAUACAUUAUUAAUGAGUUCUGGAAUACAGCCUUUCCAUGCUCACAAAUUGAAAGGAAUUCUUCUGAACAUGGAUUAAAUUGCAAUGGAUUACAAGACUUGCUUGAAGUGAAAAAUUUCAAUGAAGAUAUCUCUGAACAAAGAUAUUCAAGCAACGUCUACAAAGCAGUUUAUGCUGUGGCUCAUUCACUACACAGUCUACUCAACUGUAAAGAACAAUGGGGUUGUGAGAACAGUUUGAUAGUACCACCAUAUAAGGUGGUUGAGGCUCUUAAAAAGGUAGAUUUUACUAUAAAGACAGGAGAUCGUGUGUGGUUUGAUAGCACUGGUGCAGUUAUAGCCCAAUAUGAAGUUGUGAACUGGCAGCAGGACUUAGAUGGAUCAAUACAGUUUAAACCAGUGGGAUACUAUGAUGCUUCUCUACCUCCUGACCAGCGCUUUGUACUCAACACUGAAAAUAUUAUUUGGGCUGGGGGACAGCUGGAGAAGCCAAGUUCUGUGUGCAGUGAGAGCUGUCCUCCAGGAACUAGGAAGGCUACACAGAAAGGAAGACCUGUCUGCUGUUAUGACUGUAUUCCAUGUGCAGAAGGAGAAAUCAGUAAUGAGACAGAUUCAAUUAACUGCAAGCAGUGUCCAAUUGAAUAUUGGUCUAACGCUGAGAAAAAUAAUUGCAUUCUUAAGGCUGUAGAGUUUCUUUCAUUUACAGAAGUUAUGGGACUGGUGCUAGUAUUUUUCUCACUGUUUGGAGCAGGAUUAACUGGGCUGGUGGCCAUUUUGUUUUAUAGCAGAAAAAACACCCCUAUAGUAAAAGCCAACAACUCAGAGCUGAGCUUCCUGUUGCUCUUCUCACUGACUCUGUGUUUUCUCUGUUCUCUUACUUUCAUUGGUCGACCCACUGAGUGGUCCUGUAUGUUGCGUCAUACAGCAUUUGGGAUCACUUUUGUUCUCUGUAUCUCCUGUGUUCUGGGUAAAACAAUAGUUGUGUUAAUGGCCUUCAAGGCUACUCUUCCAGGAAAUAAUGUCAUGAAAUGGUUUGGGCCUUAUCAACAGAGGCUCAGUGUUCUUGCAUUUACACUUAUACAAGUUCUUAUUUGUGUGCUUUGGCUAACAUUAGCUCCUCCUUUACCCCACAAAAAUAUUAAGUAUUAUAAGGAAAAGAUCAUUCUUGAGUGCAGUCUGAAUUCUAUUAUAGGUUUCUGGGUUGUUUUAGGUUACAUUGGCCUGUUGGCUACCUUGUGCUUUAUUCUGGCUUUUUUAGCUCGCACACUGCCUGAUAACUUCAAUGAAGCUAAAUUCAUUACGUUCAGUAUGCUUAUAUUCUGUGCUGUAUGGGUCACAUUUAUUCCAGCUUAUAUCAGUUCACCUGGAAAAUUUACUGUAGCUGUGGAAAUUUUUGCCAUUUUAGCUUCAAGCUUUGGUUUAUUAUUCUGCAUAUUUGGACCUAAAUGUUAUAUCAUUCUGUGUAAGCCUGAAAAGAAUAAAAAACAACAUAUUAUGAGGUCAUUUUAA